CUCUUCCUCAGACAAACGUCUUCUGCUGAUCCGACAUUUCGGCGUCAUCCGUCAAAACAAGAAAAUGGAUUCGUUACCAAACCAAUUGGGUUAUUUAUUACUUGAUGAGGAUGGAGCGGUUAUUGCAUCCAAUGGAGACCUGGAAAACGACGAGAGGAUUGGGAGUAUCAUCGUUAAAAUGUUGAGAGCUGCUAAAAAACAAGAAUUAGGACUUGGUGAUGCAAAAGAUGGAUUUCAGAGAAUGACAAUCAACUAUCCAGAUCAUUGCUACAUUGUCUGUGUCUCCAAUAAAAGAAUCCACGUUGCCAAAAGACUAGUCUCACCUUCUAGCGAGGUCAUUGCCUAAACUAUUGAUUGCAAUUGUUGUUUUUUUUCAUUUAUCAAUAAAUUUCCCUGGCUGAUAUGACUCAUGUAUAAUUACAAAAAUAUACAUUUAUAUUACGAA